GUUCACGGGCUGAGAAGACACGCAGAGUGGAAAGAUGAAAAGCAUGCGGAAAAUGGGUGCAGCCUCACACACAAAAGACCCCUCGCUGAUCAACAGCACCCCCAUCUUCCUUUAAAGCCGCCCCCUCCCUUUCCAACCUCACCCCCCCUUUCUCUGGUCGAGGUGCAUUGUGGGGAGGAAAGUCGUUGCCAUUCGACCUCUGCGGGGCCUGCGCGGACGCAGCGAGAACCCUCAAAUUCAUUAUGCGUUUUAAACCUUUAUUUAUUUCCGCAUAACCUACAUACUCUCACCGGGAGGGCCAAAGCGGAGAAAAGCAACGACGACGGGCCAUCUCUUUCGGAAAAUACAUCCCAUACUAACACAUUAUUUCUGUCGGAGGGGGAUACUGUUGAGAAAGUGAAGAUUCUAAUUUAUAUUAAGAAAAAUGUCCGGUGAGAGAAACCGCAGGUCGCUGGCUUUCCGAGGAGGUGGAUUAGCUGGGUUAACGGGUUCCAGCGGUAUCAGUGGGGCGAACUGUAACAGCUGGGAGGCCCCGGCCUGUCAAGACCGACAAUUUAACGGGAAUAGGCCGGAUCAAGAGGAGGACAGGGAUCUGGGGGUAAACGGAUCAUCGCCGAAGAGAGUGGAGGGCGCUGGGUCUGUCAGCCAUAGCACGGAACCCGAGGCGGAGGAAGAAGAGGACCCGGAAGGGGGCAGCUGGGCAGCUGGAGACGGCGACGACCGUGUCGGCUCUGUGGAAGCGGAGGACGGCUCCAGGGAGGCGAAUAGCUUGACAGCCGGGGACAGUCCAGAAAACAACAACACCGACGGCCAGGAGUCGGGAAGCGGCGAGACGGGAUCCAGGAAAUCUGGGGUAGAGAUGAGACCGCAGACGUUGCUUCAGAAACACUCACUAUUCCACGCUUCGUGGUUGCAAGAAUUUCCAUGGUUAAAAUUUUGCCAGGAGACGGGGCUCAUGUCCUGCUCCUGGUGUCACAACAUUGCCACUAAAAACAGCGACGAGCUGGUGAAAGGCAGUCGCAACUACAAGCGGGCCUUGCUGCUGAGACAUCACCUGUCUUCUGAGCACGGCAGGAACGACCCCACCAAACAGGAGAUGGUGAGGCCCUCAGACAACACCAGCCUCUCCACUAACUGCUCAGAGGAAGACUACCGCAGCAAACCCAAUGAGAACUCCUACUGUUACCAGCUUCUCCAGGAGCUGGACAAGCAACGCAAAAGUGGCAUCCUCUGUGACGUCAACAUAGUUGUCUCGGGCCAGGUAUUCCGCGCACACAAGAACAUCCUGGUUGCGGGCAGCCGCUACUUCAAAACCCUCUACUGUCUGACCAAGGGCGAGGACCAGGCCACGGUCACGCACCUGGAUGUUGCUGCUGUGCAGGGCUUCUCAGUUAUCCUCGACUUUCUCUACUCCGGGAAUCUGCUGCUCACAAGCCAAAAUGCCAUUGAGGUGAUGUCUGUUGCUAGUUACCUCCAGAUGACAGAAGUUGUCCACUCGUGUAGGGCAUUCAUAAAGGACGCCCUGAAUAUCAGCAUCAAGCAGGAGGCUCCCGAUUCUGUUGUAGUAGACUACAACAAGAGGCAGAUGGUUGCCAAAGAGGGACAGAGAGGGCCGGACCGGAAGCCAAGCAACUUCUGGGCCACAAGCAUCCUGUCGAAGCUGUCGAUCAAGGCCAGCAACAACCAAGGAAAGGAAGCAAUGGUAGAAGACGAAGGCGGCAGGGUGAAGGAGGAGAACAGCGACAUAGAGGUGACAGUAGGUGGGGCUGAGGGCUGUGCCCUCGUGACCCCCGGAGCCUCUGGUAACUGGGCCCACCACAACGACAACUCGUCCGAUUCAGCAGAGACCAAUGAAACGCGGGUGGCGAGUGGCCAGACGCAGGUGUUCAUCUGGAACGAGUCAGCCACAGGUGGCGGCGCAGCAGCUCCCGCAGCGAUAAAGCAAGAAGCGCCGGACGCCGCAGCCGGAAGCGGACGGAGGAAAAAACAGACCACCACACGGCGUUUUGUCUACAACUUUCCACCAGAGCCUGAAGAAGGAUUCGACGAGGGGAUGUUCGUUCAGCCCUCGGCCUCCUACCCCAGAGAGGACUUCUCCUCCCUCUCUGAAAAUGCUGAGCUGGCCAAUCAGAUCCAGUAUAGCAUCAUCCAGGACUUACAGCAAGGGGAGUCCUGGGAGAAUGGUGAGUCCUCACACCUUGCCCUCAAUAAGCUCAAGUGCCCCCACUGUAACUACAUCGCCAAGCACCGGCGCACGCUCAAGAGGCACCUGAUCAUCCACUCAGGCGUUCGCUCCUUCAGCUGCGACAUCUGUGGCAAGCUGUUCACCCGCCGCGAGCACGUAAAGAGACAUUCCCUGGUGCACAAGAAGGACAAAAAGUACAAGUGCAUGGUGUGCAAGAAGAUCUUCAUGCUCGCCGCCAGCGUCGGUAUCCGUCACGGCUCGCGGCGCUACGGCGUGUGCGCGGACUGCGCCGACUCACACCAGGCAACUCAGGAGGGCCUGGAGGCGAUGGAGGGCAUGGAGUUUCCCCGCGACGAAGACUUCGAAGGUGAGGAUGGGGAGGACCUGGAGGGGGAGGAACCCACCGACAACGACCAAUCAAACUGGGCCGUCGGCAACCUCGGUGCCGCCCCGGAAGAGGACUAAAAAUUUUAACAAGCUUGAGAAACAAAAUUUUAAAAAAAGUUGAUGUUUAAUAUAUAUGUAUACAAGAACUAGCUGGUAAACAAUCAACUCCAAAGUGCUAUCAAACCUUGAGGUUACUUAAUUGUGCAAGUAUACAACAAAGAGAUGGAUUUAAAAGAAAAAAAAGCUUUGGUAGGAUGGGAACUCCAAGAUGUACAGAUUUUAUUAUUGUUAAAUUGUGUCCAACUCUGGGCCCAGUGCCCACAAGAGACAGAUUAAUAACGACGAAUAAUAUGAUAAAUCAGGUUUUUGGUGAUGUAUUUUUAUUUCCUGUUUUUCGGGGGAGAGCUGGGCAGGGUGGUGUUGUAGAGUUGGGGUAAGCCAAUCAUCUAAAAAAAAAAAAAAAAAGCAAAAUGUUAAUUAUUUAAUUUAUGAAGAGAGGUUAUAAUGGUCUUAUCAAAUGCUAUAAUUUGUAUUUCUGUUCUUUUUGUCUGUAGGCAGAGGCACAGUAAUAACUGUUGCUCUCUGCACAAUCUGAAAGUAUAUUUGCUUGGUGCUUGUAGAAGUACACAGAAGAAGAGCAUUAUUGUCCACAGGAAGAUUUUUAACUUGCUCUGUAGAUCUUGUUUAGAUGCGCUAAAUAUUAUUCUAUUAUUCUUUUCAAUUUUUUUUUUCUUUUUCCCUGCACAGAUCUUGGAACCAAAAAAUCUGUUUUGUGACUCUAAUGUAUCACAGCCAUAUUUAUGAUUAAUUUAAGAGGGCUGUGAUAUUGUGCCAAACAGACCGCACACCAAGAUUUAGCAGGAAACAAAAACUACUGAAUACGCUUUAAAAAAAGAGAGAAAAGAAAAAGGCAACGUGAGUUUUUUUUUGUUAAGCAGGAAAAAAAGACAAAUAAUGAAAAAAAAAAAAAAAAAGCGAAAGUACAAGGGGAAAUGUUAUUGCUAGCUUUAUACAAAUCACGGCGUCACAGUAACACUUUAUUAUUAUUAAACAAAAGCAUUUGACUUUCACUUAAAGCUUGAAUUUUGCCAAAUGAUGAAACGUUUGGUGCUGUAAUGCUUGUCGCAGAAUACUGGACCUACAGGCUAUAUAUGAUGUUUAUAAUCAUAAAGCUUAAACUGACUCAGUUAUACAUAUGUAAUCAGCUCAAACUAUAGAACACUGUUGUGCUACGGCGACUAUCAGGUAUGCUUUGCCAUUGUUUUUAAGCUUUUUAUUUUAUUUAAUGCACACACACACACACCAUUUUGUAGAACUACCGGCAGUACUUGUAAUUGACAUUUUGAGGACCUAAGUGGACAUCAAUACCUGUAUACGUUUGUUUAUAUUUGGUACUGAGUUAUAUAGUAAAUACAGUAUAUAUAUUUUGAAUCACUUGAACCUUGGUUGUGAGGGGGAAGAAGUGUGCAUAAAAUCAUGUUUGUUUAAAGUCUGAAAGAACUCCAUUUUUCACGUGUAAAAGGUAUACAAGAUGUCAUCAGUUUAAUUUGAUGUAAGUUUGUUUUAUUUUUUUUUUUAUUUUUUUUAGGUCUGCCAGGUAGAAAAACACUUUGUUCCACAAAAAGUGAAGCUCUAUGGCGCCUCAUAGACAUGCACUUACAUUUGUGUUCAUGAAAAUAAUUUUAUGUUUCUUCGCUUCCCCCAAAAGCGGGUCUGAAUGGAACUAUAUAAAAAAAACUGUUGUGUCUUUUCUUCCAAUGAGCAACUUUUUUUAUUAGACAUUUUGUUUUUUUGUUAUUUAAUAUUAUAUAUUGACUCCAAAAUGCAAUCAAGACUGUUAAUUUCUAUUUGUCCAACCA